CAGGGUUGGGCUCCUCAGCCCUCUUCUUCCUCCCCCAACACCUGCUGGCCUAGCAGCUGUCCUGAGCCAUGGCAGUGGCGCUCCUGUGCCUGGGCCUCACCCUGUUGGGGACCCUGCCGACCCAAGCCCAAGACUCCUCUCGGACGCUGAUCCCAAGCCCACCUCUGAGCAAGGUCCCCCUGCAGCCAGACUUCCAGCAUGACCAGUUCCAGGGAAAGUGGUACGUCAUAGGCGUGGCAGGGAAUGCCUUUCAGAAAGGAAGAGGAAGAGAUACCAUGUACACGGACACCUAUGAGCUGAAAGAUGACCAGAGCUUCAACGUUACUGCCACACUGCUCAGGGGCCAGGUCUGCGACCACUGGAUCAGAACGUUUGUCCCAGGUGACCAGCCCGGCGAGUUCACCCUGGGCAAUAGAUCAAGCUACCGUUUAAUACAGAGCUAUGUCGUGAGAGUGACAGCCACCAACUAUGACCAGUUCGCCAUAGUAUUUUUCAAGAAGACAACCAGAAACAGAGUGUACUUCAAGACCAACCUCUACGGGCGAACCAAGGAGCUGAGCCCUGAACUGAAGCAGCGCUUUGUCAACUUUGCCAAGUCUCUGGGCCUCAGUGAUGACAACAUCAACUUCCUUGAACCCAUCGCGAAGUGCAUUGAUGGCUGAAUGGGCAGGAUUGAACUCAGGCCCUUGCACUUGCCAGGGAAGCCCU